UGAGGCUGCCUCCGUUAGCCGCUCCGGAGGCCGUAAUUCCCUCCCUCCUCUCCAAGCCUCUGGCCCGCCCUAACUACUCAUUGGCCACAGCAACAGCCAUGCCAAUCCCGAACCACGCCCCAGCCCUGGAACCACCCCUCGUCUCCGGAGGAAUCAGGACGCAGAUUUUAGCAGGUGCGGACAUAGAUCUUUUUCAACUUCUUUCCCCACUCGCACUACCGUCAACAGAUCGCCAGAUCACCUACGGCGAUCUAAGCCUCACCUUUAAAAACAUGUCCCACAGUCACUCUCGCCUCCUCUCAUUUCCCGAAUUCACCGUAACAUUUUCACGAUAUUCGGAAGUCAUCUGUUCAGCCUUUCCUCAUAGGAGGCGCGAGCUCGGCGACUAUCUCGUCAUAGUCGCGGAGCUCGCGCUCUCCUUCGGGGGAACCCACUUCUAUACAUACCACAUGAUGUUUUCUGCAAAAUGCGCUAUCAGGGUAGCUGAGUGGAACCAGAGCCCCUACUGGGGGGUUCUGGAAACUGAGCUCCACAACCGGGUCUUCUUAGGAGUCCAUAACAUCACCUGAGCAGUUUGUCGAUCAGUGAUCCACAGCACCGCAGCUUGCCCCAUGGUCAACCCCCCCGCUUCCUCAAGCCCAGUCCCACCUCCCACUGCAUCUACCGCUUAUGUUCCGCACCUGCUAAAUCUUCCAGCCAACCCAACCAUUGUUGAACCCACCAGUUCUCGCGCACAAGAAGCUUGCAUGAGUUUCAAUGCAGGCAAAUGUGUUAGGCAACGCUGCCACUAUUUACAUGUCUGUAGCCACUGCAGCGGUGCCCACGCCCGCUUGAUUUGUCCUGUGCACAGGAAUGACAAUAAAAAAUUGAAACCCUGCCUUUCGAAUCCCGUGAAUGUUUUGCAUUUGGCUUUUGAAUUAUCCAACCACCCUAAUACUCACCUUACAGACUACCUUUUAACUGGCCUCGCAAAAGGCUUCAAUCCUGGCAUCGCAAGCCCUCUCUCACACAGCUUAAUCUGCCCUAAUUUCCAGUCUGCGCUUGCAGAGCCCGAUACGGUCGAUCGCCUCAUCGAAAAAGAGAUCGAUGACAAAUUUAUUAUCGGCCCGUGCUCCACCCCCCCAUUCACGGUUUUUCGCGCUAGCCCCAUUUGUGUAGCCACGCGAAAAUUCUCUGGAAAAAAGCGCCUCAUAUUUGAUCUCUCGUCCCCACACGGCUCUCCUUUCCCAAGCAUCAACAGUCUAAUUCCACUCGAAGAAUUUUCUCUUCAUUAUCAUGACGUCGAUCAAGCCAUCACCCUAAUAAAAAAUGCCGGACGUGGUGCCUGGUUAGCCAAAGUAGAUAUCACCUCCGCAUUUAAGGUCAUGCUGAUACACCCAGACUUUUGGCAUCUCUUCUGCAUCUGCUGGCGUAAGAAAUUCUAUUUUUCCAUCCGCCUCACGUUCGGAUGCAGAAGCAGCCCAAAAAUAUUCGACUUGUUGUCUGAGACAAUCUGCUGGAUUCUCCCAAACAACUACACAAUUCUUUACCUUAUCCAUUUACUAGACGAUUUUUUAAUAAUCUCACCUCCCGACUCCAUUCCAGCCGCGCAUCUUUCGAAAGUCCAAGAAGUAUUUGCAAAACUCGGCGUUCCUCUCGCUCGAAAGAAAACUUUAGGACCUAACACUUCCGUUGAGUUUUUAGGCAUUAAUUUAGAUUCACUAAACUUCCAAGCUUCCUUACCCAAGGAAAAAAUCGAUAGGACGAUUUUGAUCGCUUCCUCCCUGAUAGACACCCCUCGCUGUUCUAAACGCGACUUGUCCAUUCUCGGCCACUUAAAUUUCGCGAUGUGCAUCAUUCAGCAAGGCCGCCCUUUCGUUUCGCACCUCCUCUCCCUCGCAUCUUCAGUUCACGCUCUAGAGGACACAAUACACCUAACCAGCUCAUGCCGCGACGAGCUGAGUCUAUGGAUCCAAUUCCUUAAGCAAUGGAACGGAAUAUCCUUUUUCUACAACGACAUGAUCUCCCACCCCGACGAUAUCCGCCUAUUUACCGACGCCGCCCCCUCCGUCAGUUUCGGCGGCUUUUACCAAGACCGCUGGUUCGCCUCCACCUGGCCUCCCCAGCUCACAGUAUUACCACAGUCUCUCGCAUCCUCUGCAUUAUUCGAGCUUUACCCAAUAGUCGUAGUGGCUUACCUGUGGGGCAAAGAAUGGUCUGCCUCCAGCAUCAUAAUUCAUUGCGACAAUGAAGCAACGGUGCACUGCAUCAAUAACGGUCGCUCUCAUUCACCCGCCUUAAUGCCUCUCCUCAGACGCCUCACAUGGAUAUCGGCAUGCGAUCAGUUCAUUUUGACAGCCAAACACAUACCCGGGUCAAAAAAUCAGAUAGCAGACACUCUUUCUCGAUUUUCCUUCCAAAAGUUUAGGCUGUUGGCGCCGGAGGCGGACCCCAUGCCAACGCCGAUCCCUCAAUAUUCGGAGCUGAUCUUCGAGUAAACCACCCUCUUAAAAACACUGCUAGAGGCCUCUCUCAUCCUCAUCCCCCAAAACAUCAGCACCAAUAUUUCACCAGCCCAUGCUCUGACACAGUAGUCACUUCCAAAGCUCAUGCUCUGCCGCAGCAGACACCUUCCCAAAGCCCACGCUCUGCGACAGCAGACACCAGCCCACACUCUGUCCCAAGCCCGUAAUCUGUCCCAAACCCUACUCUGUCAAAAGCCCGUACUCUGUCCCAAGCCCACGCUCUGUCCCAGCCCAAGCUCUGUCACAAGCCCACGCUCUGCCGCUGCAGACACAAGCCCAUGCUCUGCCGCUGCAGACACAAGCCCUGUCCCAAGCCCUGUCCAAAGCCCGCACUCUGUCCCAUGCCCGCACUCUGUGCCAAGCCCACGCCCGCACUCUGUCCCAUGCCCGCACUCUGUCCCAAGCCCACGCCCGCACUCUGUCUCAAGCCCGCACUCUGCCCUAAGCCUACGCUACAUCCUACACCCACUCCCGUUCCCAAGCCAUAUGCCACAUCGGCAGCCUCAAGCCCUGUGCCUUUUGGGGGGAAUGCGUUACCUGACUGCUGUCCGGCAUCAUGCGCCUUUUUGGGGGUACACAGGGUUCGGGCCGGUUCCGGUCCCCUCGAUGAGGUGAGUGCGCUGGGUUCGACAGGAACCGGCGAGCUCGAGGCCCUCCCCCCCAGACAGCACGCCAAACAAGCAUACCCUCGCUACUCCUGCUACCAUCAAUAUUAUCUGCAUAGGCAAACUAGUGAAAUGAUGUUUUAUUAACAAAGUUCGGGAGGAGCCAGAGCAUAUAAUCAAGCCCGGCUGAUGCGCAUCAGCAAUCGUAGCUGAUCCGCAUCAUUAUCAUGACUUCGACCCUAUCAGACCCAGCGAACUAUUCAAUAAAUAGGUAACCGUAUUACCUGCACUUUUUCAGUCUUCGACAUCCCUCCACCACCCCGGCUCCUCUUCCCGAACUAACUUUUCUCGCAGGACACCGGGGGUACACAGGGUUCGGGCCGGUUCCGAGCUCGGCGCACUCCCCUCAUCGAGGGGGAGUGAUCCAGGUUCGACAGGAACCGGAGAGCUCGAGGUCCGCCCCCCCGGAUAGCAUGCCAAAACAAGCAUACCCUCACUACUCCUGCUACCAUCAAUAUUAUCUGCAUAGGCGAACUAGUGAAUUAUUAUUUAGAAGUAGGCCUACUAUUCAAUUUCCCUAUAUAAGACACGUGAUUCAACUCAUCAGCUUGUUAGUGUGUUAAUUGGGUAAAAGUGCUUUGUAACAGUAGGAUUAUGUAAAUGACAGUGAUAUUGCUAUUAAAUUCAUGCUAGUGUAAUAAAAAUAUUUCUACUGCUAUUGUUUGUGGAAAGCUCAGGGGAAAUGUAUUGUGAUUAUUGAUGGUGUUUAUGAGUAACUUAUGUUGUUUGAUUUUUAUUUAGGAACAGUAGGGCUGAGACUAUUUCUCUUCUUGCUGACCACUUCACCAGCCUUAGAAAAUACUGGUUCACAAGGCACAGAAGAGGCAGGGGCCAGCAGUAAUAAAUGUGGGUAAAUGUGUUUGUGCUAUGACCAAAAAUGAAGUGGAUUUUCAGAGCUGGGCAUGUUGGGUUCACUCAGGUAGCGCUGAACUUCUAUUGUGGCAUUGGCAGUGGCGCCCUUCAUGUUUCCAUCACCCCUUGGUCAAGAAGAUCCCACAGGCCUGUAAGUAAAACAGUGAGAAGGUACACAACAUUUCAUGUAUGCUUUGAAAUACAACAUGAUCAUGGUUAACUUAGAGCCACAACUGAGAUCUCUACAGCUGCUGCAGCGGUUUCUGCAGGCUCUGGCAUUAGGUUAGAUGCUGCUGCUUCACUCACUUCAGCUGUACAUUCAGCUGUCAGACUUUUGACUGCAUUCUUGGCACUGGAUGGGUUGCAAAAGCCCAUAGUUUUAAAAAGGGGAUCCAGGAGAGUGUCAAUAUCUCAUAAUGAGCCAAUCUCUCAGACAAAAGUGUCAUAAUGUUUUUACAGAGCUGUGCUGCCUUCUCAUCAGUCACUUCUUGCUGGGGUUUUUUUUUUUGUUAUAGCAUGCCUCAACAUGCAGAUGAGGGGAAUG